AUGUUGACUGAAAGCGAAAUGAAUCGAAAUAUUGUUCUUCUUUCUGAUCCGAACAAAAUUACUCGACAGAAAGCCCUUCAAAGUUUAUGCAAUGACCUUAAAUCCACACUAUCAACGACUGAAACCGAUGAUCAUUUGCAUCCUCCGACGAACAUUAUGGAAUCUAUGUUGAAAAUCCUUUCUGAUCCAGCUGAAAAGAAUCGUGAUCUUGCAUUAACAUACAUUUCUAUGUAUAUCACGAAAUAUUGCACCGAAGAAACAAAUAUCGAUAAAGUGUUAGCUUCCAUCAUGCCAGCAUUGGUACAACGACUGGGUAUGAAUGAUAUUAUCGAACCAUCGGAAGAAAUUCGUUUGAAAUCUGUCUCAAUUCUCUUCGAACUCUGUCGUAUUUAUCCAAAUAGCAGCAAAUUAGCAUUGUAUUUGAACGAAUGGGUUACAAUAUUGAAACGAACGAUCAUUGAUCCGUAUCCCGAAGUACGAAAACUUAGCUGCGAAUUAACAUCGAAACUUGCGGAAAAAUGUCGUGAAAGGUUUCAUCUCAUGUCGGAGAGUCUCGUUAAACCGAUCGUUGAAACAAUGAAACACCAACAUGCAAAGGUACGCGUCGAAGCAAUCAAUGCAUUAGGAAACGUUGUUCGAUACGGCAAUAAUAAAUCUGUUGAAGAGAGUGUCUCGCCAUUAGCGCAGAGAUUCUUCGAUCAUACAAGUACUGUACGUCUCGCUGUCAUCAAUGUGAUCGGUAUUUGGAUGCUCGAAUUACGUGAUCGAUAUUCAUAUUUUCAUAUGAUGUUACCACUUCUUCUAACCGGUUAUACCGAUGAAAUCGAAGAAAUUCGCGAAGCAGCUGAUUCACUCUGGUGGGAUAUUGGUUUGAAAUACGAAAAAGAGAAUGAAGAGGAUUUGAAAGAUCAAAUCAACUUUCCACGUUCGCCGACAAAAUAUCCACCGAAUUUGACACGACCGAAUCUUGGUUGCCGAGAAUUGGUUAAACGGAAUUUGAUACGAAUUCUUCCUGCUAUUCGUAAUGAUCUAACUGAUUGGGUUGUUUCAGGACGGAUAAAAGCUUCCCAAUUACUUGCAAUUCUUGUUUGGCAAGCGGAAGAAACGAUUACUCAACACUUAGAAGAUACACUUCAAGUUUGUUCGAAAGCGAUCGUUGAUGAUGAAACGAUUGUUCGUGAACAGGUGAACCAAGCAUUGAUUUACAUCGGAUACUUCGUACCAAUAAAAACUUGGUUUAACCUAAUUCGGCCACACUUUGAACAAACAUCAAGUUUAGGUCUACUUCGAUUAAUUGCUCCUCUUCUAACAGGCGUUACUUGCGAAGAACUUAUCGAAUCGCAAACGAUCCUAGAUCAACUAUUAGCAAUGAUUCUCAAGUCCGAAUAUACAGAUAAUUUUCAAGUAACUGUUCAAAGUGAACUUCUGAAAAUCUGUCAACUUCUCGUUGAUAAAUGUCAACAACAACUGGAACCGUACGCAUACCGCAUAUUCAAAUGCAUCCUAAGUCUUUUGUCGAUUGUUGAAAAUGAUGAACUUAGGCAACAAUGCAAACAAACAUUAGAUGUUUUGGCGUCGAAGACAUUCGGAAGCAGUUCUGUCCACGAUCUCUAUGAAAAAUAUGCUCACGAGUUAUUCGACGAUUUGAAACAGACGUCCAAUGAUUGGUUAAGAAGCACGCGUGAACGUUUCAUAUUCGAAACAUUCAUCAUGCAAGCAGGUAAGAAACAAAACCGCGCUCGAAUCGAUAAGUACAAAGAAAUACGAAUUUCAGGUGCAUCGAAUCGACAUUUUCUGAAAGAUAUUGUUGACAUACUACGUACAGUAAUGAAUCCUGAGCGUGACCCUGAAGUCCGCAAUCAAUGUCUACUGAUAAUUGCUAGCUUACUUCAAUUCAUCGAUGAGCCGGAUGUGAAUACGGAAAUAACACCGUACUUGACGAUGCUGAUCAACGAAUGUAUUUUGCCGAAUAUGCAGUGGAAAGCAGGUCGGACGGCUGGUGCUAUUCGAGCAACAGCGAUCGCUACUCUGUGGUCAUUGUUCCAAGCGAAAUCAUUCAGUUUUCAACAGUGUUCAUCAUCGACAAAUGAUAUUUUUGUUUCCGUUUUGGGCAUGUUAGAUGAUGACGAUCGUUUAACUCGAAUGAACAGCUGUUACGUUCUUCAAGCACUAUUUUCCAAUGACGAUGCUAUUCGAACGAUUGAUAACGAUCGAUUGCACAAAGCAUAUCCAGACUUACUCAAACGUUUAGAUGAUGUCAAUGAUGAUAUUCGACUUGCUGUAUGUUCAACAUUGAAUGCAUAUGUUCACGCGUUCCAUGGAGAUUUUAAUGCUGAACUUUACCGUUCGCAUUUGGAAGAUAUUGCGAAAGUGUUGUUAAUACAUAUGGAUGAUCAAAAUACUCAAGUACAAAAUGCCGUUUUCGAUACGAUUGUUCGAUUCGCGACAGAGUUGCAAGGCGCACCGGAAAGUUUUAUUACCGAAAUUCGAAAUGUCAAACAUAAGCAUCGUAAUCAAAAAUUGUGUGACACACUUAUCGAACGAAUUGAACAAUCCAACUAA